UCCCCCACACAUUAGUAAGUCCCUGCAAGGUAACUUCCUCCACCAAUCCUGGCUAUUUGCCUUAAAACACCGCCGCUGGAGUACGACUCCUGAACCCCCCCGCCGGGGAUUGUACCGACUGUGAAGAAGAACCGGGUUGUGAAAUGUAUCUUAUAUUGGGUUCUGUUCUCGGAGUCAGCACCUAGUGACUUCGCCAGUUCUUCUUUGUAAAUUGCAACCAGCGACCGACGGAUGAUAAUGUUGGCGUCAUGAAGACUCCGCUUUCCAGACUUUGGAAAACAAAUCGGGUUUUGUCGGUGGAUCCUCGGGAGAUGGCAGAAUAAUUGAAACCGUUACCGAAUCCUCAUUUUGGAGCGUUUUGGAAAAAUAACUAGAAGGUCUACAAUGACAAGAGGGGCCUUUCUUUGGUUUCUGCUCGCCCUGGUUCUUCCCUGUUCCUGUGAGAAUGGUGAGGACGGCAUGAGAGCUGAAUGUUUAUGUGAAGGACCAUCCUGCAGGGGUGGGGAGAGAUGUUUUGGCUGGCAGUGCUUUGCUUCUCUCUCAGUGCUGAAUGGAACGACAGUCUUUGAGAGAGGCUGCAUUGUUGAAGGUGAUGAAGAUGGGCCGUUGCUCUGCGGACAGCCACCAACUGCGGCGCUGGUGGUGAAGUGCUGUCACGGACAUUUGUGCAACAUGAAUGUCUCGGUACAGUUUCCAGUGAAAGAUGUCGAGCCGUCUGCCGGCAGACCAGUCCUCCGAGACCAGGAGUGUGUGUGCGAGGGAGAUGCGUGUGAGCAUGGCCGGCGCUGCACCGGCCAGCAGUGUUUCUCCUCUCUGAACGUAACCGUCAAGGCUGUCGUCCAGCGGAAGGGCUGCCUGAGGGACGACGAGGAGGGCAGAACCACCUGCGCCUUGGCACCCUCAUCGGUCUAUGUCGUCAGGUGCUGCCAGGGCCAUCUGUGUAACAUGAACGUCACGAUGCAAAUUCCAGGAAAAGAAGGGGAAAAGAAGCUCCUGAGUGAAGAGGAGCAUGAGUGUGUAUGCGAGGGCAGCUCCUGUGUAACGGCGAGUCGCUGCUUAGGCCUCCAGUGUUUCUCGUCUCUGACAGUCAGCGGUGGCUUGCAUGUGCACCAGAAAGGCUGCUUCAAGGCAGUGGAGCAGAGCACGAUGACCUGCAAGACGCCGCCAUCCAGGGAGCAGAUAGUCGAGUGUUGCCAGGGGCAUCUGUGCAACAUGAACAGCACCGUGAGGCUUCCAAUCAAAUUCGAUGAGCUGUCCAGCAACAAUGUGACCACACUGACGAUGGCCAUUGUGGCACCCAUCAUUGUUCUCAUCAUCCUUUCCGCCGCCGCCAUCCUCGUGUUUAGACGCAUCCACCGCAACCAAAUGGAAAGGCUGACAUCACGAGACGCCGAAUACGGAACAAUAGACGGACUUAUUGCGUCUAACGUGGGGGAGAGCACUCUGGCGGAUCUUCUGGAUCAUUCCUGCACUUCAGGAAGCGGCUCAGGACUCCCGUUUCUCGUACAGAGGACUGUUGCCAGACAGAUCACUCUGAAUGAGUGUGUGGGUAAGGGCCGUUAUGGUGAAGUGUGGAGGGGUCAGUGGCAGGGGGAGAGUGUCGCUGUGAAAAUCUUCUCCUCCAGAGAUGAGAAGUCCUGGUUCAGAGAGACUGAAAUCUACAACACUGUGCUGCUGAGGCAUGAAAACAUCCUGGGCUUCAUCGCAUCAGACAUGACUUCUAGGAACUCCAGCACUCAGCUGUGGCUCAUCACUCACUUCCACGAAAUGGGCUCCUUGUACGACUAUCUUCAGCUCAGUACCCUUGAUGCGUCCAGCUGCCUCCGCAUGGCGCUCUCAAUAGCCAGUGGCUUGGCACACUUGCACGUCGAGAUCUUUGGUACUCAAGGCAAGCCAGCCAUCGCCCACCGAGACCUCAAGAGCAAAAAUGUAUUGGUGAAAAAGAAUGGACAGUGCUGCAUUGCUGACCUGGGUCUGGCAGUUAUGCAUUUUCAAGACACCAAUGAACUGGACGUGGGCAACAACCCUAAAGUUGGCACCAAGCGCUACAUGGCCCCGGAGGUGCUGGACGACUCCAUCCAGAUGGACUGCUUCGAGUCCUUCAAGAGAGUGGACAUCUGGGCCCUGGGCCUUGUCCUGUGGGAGGUUGCCAGGAGGACAGUGAGCAAUGGCAUUGUUGAGGACUAUAAGCCACCGUUUCAUGACGUGGUCCCCAGUGAUCCCAGCUUCGAGGACAUGAAGAAGGUGGUGUGUGUGGAUCAGCAGAGGCCCAAUAUCCCAAACAGAUGGUUCUCAGACCCGACUUUAAGCUCCUUGGCUAAACUCAUGAAGGAGUGCUGGUACCAGAACCCGUCUGCCAGAUUAACCGCACUGCGCAUCAAAAAGACUCUGACGAAGAUUGACAACUCGCUGGAUAAAAUCAAAACGGACAUAUGAGCCUUUGCUUCAGAAGAAGAGACCUUCAAAGACAUCCAGCGGAUUGAACAUAUUAUAGAAAGUCUGAGAAGAUUAAAGACUUCAUGGAUUUAGUGCCCUUAUAGUGGCACAGACCUAUAUUUAUUUUAAAAAUGCUAGGCGGGACACAUUUUGGCAUCCAAAGAUGGCUCAUGUAGUCUUGGAGAAAAGGAAAACAUCAAUUCAAUCUGCGACAUAGGAGCUGGACUGUUAGAAACCUUCUUCAAGGAGGAAACUGUUACCUGGGCAUUUGAAUAGGCUUAUUGUUUGUUUUUUUUUUGUUUGCUUUUUGUGUUUUAGAAAUGCACAUUUCGUUUGCCAUGUUUUUCAGUUUAAAAUACAUCUGGACAUAACCGUCUCACUCUUCUCUUUAAUUGUACUCCAUUCAUUUACAUUAUGGUACAUUCAUAUAGAAAAAAACAGGCCAGUUUGGUAGCUUAAUGUACAUCUGCAGCAGCAAUCGCAAUUCCAAUCAGGAGGCGUCAUCUUGUACUAAUGCGCCAACGUUUACUAUGCUGUAAGAAUAAGUUUAAUCUGAAAUGUAACAUUAAGGUGUACGGCUGCGCCUGUGGUUCUUUUGCUUUCGCAGAUGUGUAUCAUCCAUCUAAAGAUACUCUGUUGGAAACAGUUUUGUGUAUUAUGUUAAAUUUACAGUCAUAUUUUUUACAGCUUUAGACACACAGACGCCUCAAGUUUGAAUAAAAGAUUUGCCAGUUACUGCUGAAUUUUCCAAAGGCCUGUAAGUAAGCCUGUAAAGCCUGUAUUCUGUCUUAACGCGUGCAUUGUUGUCCUAAUGCGUGCAUCGUCAAGUAAAUGAAGUCAAACUUAAGCCUUUUUUUUUAAUCAUUUCUUUUAAAUUUUAUACCAAUUAGUGAUUUCUAUUAAUUAAAUAGAAAAAAAUAUC